GAGAGAGAGGCUGGCUGGAGGUAGCAGUGGUGGUGCAAGUAUAAAAGGAUCGCGGUACCUUCUUUCGGCACAGUUCUUCACAGACCGUCGAAGAGUAAACAAGAGCAAACAUGUACUUCCGUCUUCUGAUUGUGUGCGUGGUGGUGGCGGCGGCGGUGGCGGCGCCCACCUACGACACGCCCAUCCCCAUCCUGAAGGACGACCGCACCCAGAACGCAGCCGGCGAGUACUCCUUCAACUUCGAGACUGGCAACGGCAUCGUGCGCAGCGAGUCCGGCUACCAGGCUGACGGCCAGGAGAACUCCGGUGCCUUCAGCUACACCAGCCCCGACGGUACGCCCGUGGCCAUCUCCUUCACCUCUGGCGCUGGUGGGUACCAGCCCGAGGGCGCCGUGCUGCCCGUGGCCCCAGCGCUGCCCUACGAGCGCACCCAGGUCUUCGGUCAUUAAGCUUGCCUGUCUCCACCGAUGCACGCUCACCACGCUCACCACCACGUCCCCGGCUCGCCUCAAUGUCUCGCCCCGCUCGCAGGAAGCUUCCUCACACACAGCGGCGGAACUCUAUUUAUUGUCGUCCUCGCGGCGGCCUCGCUCUCUUGUUUUUCUAAGUGUAAAUAAACAAAGAAUGACUGUAAA